CCUCGUUUUCUGCGUGGCUUUUCUCUUCGUCCUUGUUUGCUCGCUUCUCAUUCGUUCAUCGGCGCAUUGCAACAAAAGAUCGAUCGAGUUGCACACUUUUCCCCCGGCUAUCUUUGGUACCGGUAUUAUAACAAUAGUUGUUUAAUCAUCCUGACCAUGGCGGCCAAGGCUGAAGACGCGCCUCAGUCUUACGACUUGAGUUCGAUAUUUUGGACCAAAGCUGCUUACCAUGAUGUGGCGGCUGACUUUCACAAGUUCCACAAGCAUGAUUUGAAUGUGUUUCUUCAUUUGUGGACGACCGGUUUGGGAUUGUGGGGAGCCGUGCAAUUGGCCAUGAUUCUUGAGCAACCCAUUGCUGUCUACGUCUACAUUGCUGUGACUGGAGUGACCUGUCCACUAGUGAUCUCUGUAUUGCACACUGCCAUGUUGUACGGAAUGAUGCAUACGCCGUUGCCUGCUGUAAUGGACAACCUCGAUCCCAUGUAUGUGUGCGGAUUGGCCAUUGCUCUCGGAUAUGGUCUCCAGGAUGUGGCGCACUGGAUGUGUGACGAAAAGACCUUUAUGAACGACUACAUUGCUACCAAGCCAUGGAUGCUGCUUAUCCACACGCUCUGGUUGAUGCCUUUGGUGAUCGAGUCUGUCUUGAUGCGAUACUGCUUUUUGCCCAAUUUGGUCAAUCGCAACAAGAAUGUCUUUUGCCAGGCUGCUUCACGAAAAGCCGUCGAAGAUCUCCGAGAAUGGGUCAACAAAAACAUUGCCAAUGUCAAGGUUACCACUCAUGUUUGGCCACAUAAGCAAGAGGGAACCUCAGGCCCGGUCACACAGCUGGAAAAUGACGCGGCUAUUAUGGCCGCUUUUCGUAAAGUUUUUGCCGCAAAGCAUUUUGAUAUUAAACCAGUCCAAGAAAUGAACGAAAUUUAUGUCACUGCGGUUGGGGCCAAAUCGGAUAUCAACUCGGAUGCCGUCUUUUACACCAAGCACAACGAUGGUCCCUACUGGUUCCUUCCAAGUGCUUCUCUCUACCGAGUCUUGGUCGGAGUCACACCCAACAAAAUGGUCAGAACCAGAUUCAACUUGCAGCAUGAAUCGGAGGACAAAGUGGUAGACAUGUACGAUGUCUUGGGAUUCGACUACAACCGAGAAUUGCACUGGAUUGACCACGUCCCUGGCGCAACCAACACCGAGCGUCGCACACUCAUCAAAUUGCACUUUAUUGUCUACCCCAAGGGAUGGCACAAAUAUGGACAACUUUGUGCCAACUUGAACACCAACUACAACACGUGGGCUCGAAACAACUUCUUACAGACACUCCGUAUCGAUGGAUGGUAUGAUUUCGCCUUGGCCUGGUGGAUCUGGCUCACAACCAUUUUCAAUGCUACCUUUGUGGAAAAAGUGGGCUGGACCAACUUGAUCUACAUCCUCGGCUGCUACGCCAUGGGACCCACUCCGUUCCUCGUUUUGACAUCAUUCCGUCACUACUGCAUCUACAUUACUACCUUUGCCUUCAGGAACCCACCCGUCGCACACGGAGAAUUCAUGCGUGAUGUACUCCUCUUCAAGACUGUGGCAAUCAGUCACUUGUCCCGACGUCUGUUGCCCAUGGUGGAUCUCCCCAACGAUGCACCUGGAUUGUUGCUCGUCUUGGCUGGAUUUGCCACUACUAUGUUGGCCACGGCCAGGUUGGGGAUGGCCCGCACCUAUUUUGGAUCCGAACUGGGAUUCGUCAAGCCCCAAUGGAUCACUGGCUUCCCCUACGGUUACAUCCCUCAUCCCAUGAUUGUUGGACAACUCUUUGCCUAUUCCACAGUUCUAUUGUGGUGGUGGGACAGAAUCACCACUGAGAAUGCGCUCCUUGUGGCUGGUCACAUUGGUUUCUACACCACUCACAUGGUGCAAGAAAUGCUCACUUCCAGCUACUAGAGUUGGAUGGUUUUAGUUAGAUAGAUAACAGCUGAUUUGUUUGUUUGUUUCUGGAAUUUGUUGCAUGAUUAGAGAAAAUGGACGGUACAGUGACUUAGUUUUACAUCACCUAGCUGCAAUCAACUUUUGAAUUUUUCUCUCUGGC